GUAAAAUUUAGAUUAGACUGAUAUCAGUUCAUUUAAAAUGAAAAAUGUUUUUUUUGCAAUUAUUUGUAUAAUUCUACUACUCGUCAAGAACAGUUUUGGGGACUUUGGUUGUGAAUGUGGAGCUUUUAAAAAUAACCAAGAAGAAGCAGCAAAAUGUUUUGAAGCUCAAAAGAUAUUGGACACAGAUAUAAAUUUAGCGUUCAAUCCUCAAUCAAGGAUAGUUGGAGGGUAUGAUGUCAAGGAAUCAUGCAUGAAACGACCUUCCCUUGUACUUAUAAGAGUGUUAGGAUUGGUAGACAAGGGUUUGAUUGGUUACUGUAUGGGGAGUAUUAUUAACAAAAACUAUGUUAUAAGUGCUGCUCAUUGCUACUGUGCAAGCAAGUAUGGGGAAUGUACUGAGAAUGAUGGUGCAAUGAUAUCUGGAAGAACAGAAAGCGGAUUACCAAAGUAUGGAAAAGCUAAUUUGGUCUCGUUUGCAGAUCCUCGAACUGCCACCAAUACAAUGGUGUUUGUACCUGGAUUUGCUCCCAGCUAUUCGAAGUCUCAAGUUCUCGAGUUACAAUAUCAAGCUACAGGUCCCGGUGUUAGCCCAGUUGAUGAAAUCGUAAUACAUCCACAGUUUAUUUUGAACAAGAGAGUACAGAAUGAUAUUGCUCUAGUGAAGGUUCGGAAACCAUUUGAUUUUUCUUCUCCUCUCAAGGUUUCUCCAAUCUGUCUGCCACCUCCAGGUUUCCAGGAUCAUGAUAUCAGUGCAUACGUUACUGGAUACGGAGAACUUUUUGAGCGAAAUAGUUGCAACACAGGUCUUGGUGGUCCGGAGGAAUAUAGACCGUGUCGGAAAUAUUUUGCUAUGAACAAUGAUCUGUUUGAAGUGGAGAAUGCCUGUCUUAAUUUUGCCAGUCCAGCAGAUAGAGAUCCUGAAUGUAAAGAGUUUAGAAACCAACAUCCAGCAUAUUCUAAGGCUAAAGCAUUGAUAUCUGUAGAUGGAACAAUCAGGACUUGUCAUCCUCCAUCUUUUGACGGAGUAGCAAGCUGGUGUGCUGUCUGUGUAGAGGGGACUAAGAUGGGUGAGCCUGGAUUUUGCCCAGAAGAUGACCAGUUUCUUGAAAUUGAAAACAGAAAUGAUGUAUCUGCCCAUGUAGGAUGGGGAUACUGUGAUAAAAUGUGCUUCCAGUUUACUAAAGCAAAUGAUUUGCAGGAAGCUGAAAUCACGGCUCUAUCAGAACAGGAAUGUCAAAAAAGGUCAGAGAAAUACCUGCUACAUGCAGAAACCCUGGCGAAUAGACCUGAGAAAGCGCUUGAACUUUGUGGAGCUAAGGAGAAGAAAUUUACCCUCACUACAUUCAUCAAAGUUGGAGAAACCUUUAUUGCAAAUGAAACAGUGAGUCAGGAAAUCUGGGGAGGAAGUGAUACUUGCCAAGGUGAUUCCGGAGGACCUCUGUGGACUGUAAAGGAUGGAAAGGCGUAUCUAGUGGGUGUAACUAACAGAGGAACUGGAUGUGCUAGGAAAGAUACCUAUGGUAUAUACGCUAGGGUAGCAGCGCACAGAGAUUGGAUAUUGCUAAUGGCGGACUCUGGAAAAUGUGAUGCAUAAAAAACCAAUUAUCAAAAUAAAAACUAUUAAAUAAAUGAUUAUCCAAUUUGUAA